UGACGUAACGAGCGCGACGCUGUCGGCCAGGACGCAUGCGCAAAAUGAGGAGCAGAGGUUGACGGACAUGGAGUUAUAAGGCACCGGGUGGAGCGGCUGGGGAUCAAACCAUUUGUAACAGCCCACAAGCAGCCUGUGACCUCAGCUCACCAUGGCUCAAUAUGGUGGACAGAAGAACCCUCCUCCUUGGGCCACCCAAUUUACUGCCACUGCCGUGUCUCAGCCAGCUGCCAUGGGAGUUCAGCAGCCGUCAUUGCUUGGAGCUUCCCCCACUAUCUAUACCCAGCAAUCGGCCCUAUCAGCAGCUUGCCUCACCUCACCAUCCCCUGCCAACUACCAGCUGACACAGACUGCGGCCUUACAGCAACAGGCUGCCGCCGCCGCUGCCGCCGCACUACAGCAGCAAUACUCGCAGCCACAGCAGACCAUAUACAGUGUACAGCAGUCACAGUUACAGCAGCCACAGCAAACUCUGAUAACUCAGACUGCUGUGGCGCUGCCCACAAGCCUGGCACUGUCUACGCAGCAGCAGACGGCACAGAUCACGGUUUCUUACCCAUCGCCGCGGUCCGGUCAGCAGCAGACGCAGCCCCAGAAGCAGCGCGUCUUUACUGGGGUGGUCACCAAACUCCAUGAAACAUUUGGCUUUGUGGAUGAAGAUGUGUUUUUCCAGCUCACUAUUAGUGUGCUUGCGUUGCCAGCUUCAGGCUUCACUUUCCUGUACACUGGAUUAUUGCAGACACCUGUCCGUAUUGUGCCACAGCCGAUACGAAGAAUUGAGCCUCCUUCACGAUUCUCAGGUAGAAAUGACAGAGGCGAAUCCUUAUCCAGCAGGAAGGAUGAUCGCACCCGUGACCGAGAGAGGCGCAGGUCUCGUGAGAGGUCCCCUCAACGAAAGUGGUCCCGUGAGAGGUCCCCACGGCGUGAAAGAGAUCGGUCACCGCGCAGACCGAGGCGGGUGGCUCCUCGCUACAUGGUGCAGUUCUCUAAGUUCUCUCUGGACUGCCCUGGAUGUGACAUGAUGGAACUGCGGCGGCGCUAUCAGAAUCUGUACAUUCCAAGCGAUUUCUUUAAUGCUCAGUUCACAUGGUUGGAGGCUUUUCCUAUCUCCCGCCCUUUUCAGCUGGGAAAUUACAGUAACUUUCAUGUAAUGAACAAGGAAGUGGAUCCUUUGGAGAAAAUAACAGCUGUCGUGGACCCCCCUGAUGCAGAUCCUUCAUUCUGCGCUAAGGUGAUGAUGUUGGCAAGUCCCGCUCUAGAAGGUUUAUAUCAUAAGUCUUGUGCUCUUGCCGAGGACCCAGUGGAUGUCCGAGAGGGAUUCCAGCAUCCAACAAGGCUGAUUAAGGUAGCGUUGUGAACUGUUGCUCUACAGUAUUUUGUAUAUAAUAUGUAAGGCUUGGCCUGUAUAUAGUGUGUGAGGCUUGGCCUGUAUAUAGUGUGUGAGGCUUGGCCUGUAUAUAGUGUGUGAGGCUUGGCCUGUAUACACUGUUCCUCAUAUGCUGCACCCUGUUUAAUUUUAUGGCAUGGAGAGUCCUCAAAUUCAUUUGUUACUGUUGGGCAUAUAACACCUGGCCACCAGGAGGA